AUGAACAACCCUGAAGUUCAUACAACCAAACCGGAAGAUGACGAUGAUGGUCUAUGUUCACCUAUCAUACUCUGCAUGAUAUGUGCUGCAAUCGUUGGCACAGGCGUCUUUGCCGCACUAUCUGCAUCACUUAUAGUCGCACUUCUAAAUACAAGUGCAGUUAAUGAAACCAUAACGAACUCAACUAUAUCUGAUAAUGAUUCUACAACAAGCUAUUAUUCCACCGUAGGCUUUAUCAACACAGAUGUGCCGUUUACUACGUUGUUCCCGACGACCCUAAAAGAAACUACUAUAGCUGAAACCGCAGAACCUGAGUCAACAGAAGAUGCGCCGUUUACUACGUUGAUCCCGACGACCCGCAAGGAAACCACUAUUGCUGAAUCCACAGAACCUGAGUCAACGGAGUGGACAACAUUGAAACCUACAACAGUAUAAAACCAAA